UUAAAUAUUGCCGCCGCAAGGAAUUGUGGGACGGAAUUAUCGGCAGUGAGUUCUACUAUUUACACUACUUGUGAGUCAUGUCACUCAGCGAGGAACCUUCCCAAUUCAGCCCCGACCUGCUGCUGUGAAGCUAGAGGAGCGCACCGACGGCAGCUGGUAGUCCUUCCGGGUCUGCGCGGCUGUGUUAGCAUGUACGGCUGUGUUAGCAUGUGCGGCUGUGUUAGCAUGUCCCACUGCGGCUCGCGCUCAUCUCAUUGGACGUUUGGACACAACAAUACCCGGAUGUGAGGAGGAGAUCGGUGUGGGUUUAAGGGCCGACAUGGAGCUGCGGGGAGAAGCAGACGUCCAGAUGUUGGUGGUUAAAGAAGAGAAGCAGGAGUGGAGCUCCAGCUUAGACCAGGAGGACCCAGAGCUCCCCCACAUUAAAGAGGAGCAGGAGGACCCAGAGCCCCCCCACAUUAAAGAGGAGCAGGAGGAACUCUGCACCAGUCAAGAGGCAGAGAGGCUCCAACGGCUGGAGCAGGCGGAUAUCACCGAGUUCAUCUUCACGCAAGUGAAGAGUGAAGAUGAUGAAGAGGAAGUUCAGUCCUCACAGCUUCAUCAGAAACAAACUGAACUGAUGGAGAGAGAAGGUGAUGGAGAGGACUGUAGAGGACCAGAACUGGACAGGAACUCAAAUCUAGAUAGUCUUCCACAACCAGAUACUCAUGAGAAGACUGAACCGUCCUCUGAACAUGAGGACAGUGUUGACGUCGAGUUUUGGAAAGAGACCAGGAAACACCAGUCAGGGUUUACGUACCAGAGAAAUAGAAAAGUCUCCGUGGAUGAUGGAUUUAAAGGCAGCAAGAAACCAUUCAGCUGCUCUGAUGACAGGACUGAACCUGAACCCAUGGCUGAUGACGAAGGUGAUGGUGAUCAAUCUCCAUCAGGUUCAAAGCUUCUUAAAAGUGAGCAGGUCUUUGUCAGAGAUCCAGGAUGUAACACCGACAUGAAACCUUCCAUCUUCUCUGAUUGUCACCAAAGAUCUGAGUGCGGUCUCACUCUGCCGGCCCACGGGAACUCCCCUGCGGGAGAGAAACCAUUUGGCUGCUCCCUUUGUAGUCAAAUAUUUGACAAGCAGGAAAGCUUACAUUCUCACAUGAAGCGUCAUAUUGGGGAGAAACCUUUCCGCUGCUCAGUAUGUAACACGGACUGUGGUGACAGCGAGGCUUUAGUUCAGCACAUGAGGAUCCACACAAUGCAGAUGCGGUUUAAUUGCACAAUUUGUGGUGAAGAGUUUGCGUGGAGGAGACAUCUGACCAAACAUGUGGAAGUCCACAAAAUCUACAGAUGCAGUGUGUGUGAGCAGAGAUUCACUUGGUGUAAACAGCUCAAAGAUCAUAGAUGUGUUGGCCGUCGUUUCUCAAAGCUUCGUUACCCUCAAACCGAGGAGAACAAAGAUGCAGACCCUCCAGCCAGCAGAUCAACUGACCACAUGAAAGCAGAAGCUGAUGGAGAGGACUGUGGAGGUAGAGAACCUGACAGAAACUCCGGUUCAGAUACUGUUCAAGGGAUAGGAGACUCCUCUGAACCUGAGACUGAUGACAGUGAUGACUGGAAGAAGACUAAGGAACCUCAGGAACCUCAGCCAGGUUCAGUAUGUGGUGCAGGAGAGAAACCACUGAGUUGCUCAGAGUGUGGGAAAAGAUUUAGGAAAAAGACACAUCUAAAGAUACACCUGAGAUCUCACACAGGAGAGAAACCGUUCAGCUGCUCCGUUUGCAAGAAAUGCUUUUCACAGAGUGGAAACUUACAAAAGCACAUGAGAAUCCACACUGGGGAGAAACUAUUCAGCUGCUCUGAGUGCGGGAAACGAGUUGGCUCCCAGGAAAGUCUGAAGAAACACAAGAGAGUUCACACAGCAGAGAGGAUAUUCAAAUGUUCAGUGUGUUGUAAAAGAUUUCCUGGCAAGUGCAACUUGAAUGAACACAUGAAAAAACAUACAGAAGAGAAGAGAUUCAGCUGUAGCGUCUGUUGCCAAAAUUUCACUUGGUUUUAUCAGCUGAGGAAACAUAAGUGCGUCGGCCAUCAGUCCCUACAGCUUCAACAAGGUCAGGCUGAGGACAGAGAGGCGGAACCACCAGCCGGCAGCUCAACUGAAGCAAUGAAAACAGAAGUUGAUGGAGAGGCCUUUGGGGAACCAGACAGAAACUUGGGUCCAGAACCUGUUGACAAGACUGCAGACUCCUCCGAGCCUGAGACUGAUGACAGUGAUGAUUGGAAUGACACCACAGACGGGUUUAAACUUUAAGCACAAAGGUUCUGGCUGGUGAACUUACACCUUAUUUAUUGUGUUCGUACUAAAAUGUCUUGCUUCAGACCUCCGAGUCAUCAGACUGAGGAGAACAGAGAAGCAGAACCUCAGCUGAAUACAUGAAAGGAACAAUAACAAUUACUUUUCAUCAUACAUCGCUACGUUACACUUUGUGGAAAAUUAUUUUUUUACAGUUUGAUGAAACUGUUUUACAAGCUGCAUCAUAUUUGUGUGACCGUACACAGAAUUCCUGGAUUGGUAUGUUUUUAGUACAACAAGGGAAUGUAACUUUUUAAAUAAACCACAAAUGUGAAUUGUAUUAAUA